GUGUGUGUGUGUGUGUGUGUGUGUGCACGUGUGCUUAUUAUAUAGUGUGACAGACCCACGAAUGUGUCGAGUACAAACAAGUUGCCAAAUAAAAAAAUGUGUGAAUGACAGUUGUCUGUCUGUGUCAACACUUUUAUGUCAAUGCUUUCCAUAUGCAUAUGCAUUACAUAUACUUACAGUACAUAUGCAUGUGUGUAGCUGAUUAUACUGUAUGUAGGCCAGUGUGUGUGUGUGUGUGUGUAUGUGUAUGUGUGUGUGUGUGUUUGCCCUUUGCAAAGGCAGUUUGUAAUCAGCUGUCAAAGUGGGCUCCGUCCCCAUCACAGCACUUCAGAGCAGAGCUGCGUGUUGGGCAGUGAAACGCUCUCAGGUCCACUCUGCACACUGAUCCAUGCACCACCACCACCAGCAGCACCACCACCAACACCAGCAGCAGCAGCACCACCACCAGUAGCACCACCACCAGCAGCAAUUUUGUAUAUUUGGUUUUCAGACUCCAGUGACUAUUUUGGGCACCAAUUGAAAAAAGAUGAUCGAGCUGGGCCUCGCUGACGGCAGCCUCAUCGACGAGCUGAUGGAGCUGACGGCGCAGAGCCUCGGUCAGCUGGAGAUCCGGGAACAUUUCAACAUCAUCAAGGAGAUCGGCCGGGGGAAAUACGGCAAAGUGCUGCUGGUCACACAUCGCUUCAGGGGGACUCCCAUGGCCUUGAAAGUGAUGCCCAAAGCCUCGACUAAGCUGCAGGGCUUUCUGCGAGAGUACUGCAUCUCCUUACACCUGUCCUGUCACCCCUGCAUCGUGGGCCUCUUUGGCAUUGCCUUCCAGUCCAAUGAGCACUACUGCUUUGCCCAGGAGCUUGUCAUUGGGAGGGACCUGUUUGCUGUCAUCCAGCCUAAGGUGGGUAUCCCGGAGUCUUCGGUAAAACGUUGUGUCCUCCAGAUCGCCAGUGCUUUGGAGUUCAUCCACAGCCAUGGCCUGGUCCAUCGUGAUGUUAAGCCUGAAAACAUCCUCCUGUUGGACAACCACUGCUGCCAGGUCAAGCUGGCAGACUUUGGCCUGGCCCAGAAGAGAGGCACUAUGAUACGCUUCAUCACAGGAACCCUGCCCUACAUGGCCCCAGAGCUUUGUACCGUGGCUCUGAUGGAGGGCCAGAAAGAAGUGACCGCUCCUCCACUCAGCGUGGAGCCAAGCCUGGACACCUGGGCCUUCGGGGUGGUCAUCUUCUGCAUCCUCACGGGCUACUUCCCCUGGGAGCGCUGCAUGGACUCGGACGACUUCUACCAGGAGUUCGCAGACUGGUGCAGAACGGAGAGACCUAACAGUGAGGAGGACAUUCCUCCUUUGUGGAAAAGGUUCACUCCAGAUGCCAUGGAGAUGUUUGGUAAGCUCCUGGCUCCAGAUGUAGGAAAGAGGUGCACAGCGGGGGAAGUGAGAGCAUAUGUGGAGAAGGACUGGCUGAAGAAGGCGAAUGGGAUCGGGCAGCAGCAGACAGCAGAAUAAUCCCGGGCAUGGCGAGGUCAAGGUGCAGCCUAAUACUUAGUAACGGACUGCAUUUUUAUAUAAUCUGUAGCUUCUAUAUGCAUGGACAGCAUGUCACAAAUACAGUCAUAGGUGCCUGCUAUCAGGCGUGUGAUUGGCUGUGAUGGUGUUUACAUCAUGGAGACAUUAUUCGGAAGCCUGUGUCCUAGAGUCAAUGUUGACAGGAUUCAGAUAGCAACAGGCUGGACUUCCUGCGUCCUCACAUCCUUCACUUUAGUCAAAGUCCUGCAUUAUAAAGUAUUAUAAGCAAAAUGCUUACUUACUAAACAUACUGAAAGUCAAAAUACAUAUUAUUAUUAUUAAUAAAAUACUAUAUUAUACAUUAUAUUUUUGGAUGAAUAUUACUGAUGCUAAAUGUAAGUAGGAUUUUAAUGUUUAGAGCUGAUUUUAACAACUCUAUACUUUCAUCAGUAAAUAGUGUUAUUACUCAUCUUUGUGGCCUGUCUUGUAGACGGUUCCUGUGUCUAGUUUUAAGACUUAAUUAGUUAGUUUAUACUGAGCUCACAUGGAACCAGGUCUUACUCCUGGUUGGGCUCUGGCUCUAAUAAGGGGGGAAGUCCAAAACAGGUCAAUCCAGCAGUUUUAUAGAUCAUAUGUUUUGAAUGCAGAAUAUUGACCUGCAAAGUAACUAGAACUGUAAAAAGUACAAUAUUUCCCUCUGAAAUGUAGAGGAGUAGAAGUAUAAAGUUGCAUCAAAUGUACAGUAAAUACUCAAGUAGAGUUGAAGUAUCUCAAAUUGUA